AUGCCUGUCAAAACUUGUCACUGUGAGCCACACACAAGAAAAAGCAAAAAAAAAAAAAUCAGUCCAAAGAACUCAACGACGACAUUGAAUCCCUUUUUGCAUAAAGAAAAAUUCAAUAAAAUCACAAUAAAAACCAACAAUUCCAUUCAAAUAUCCAUUAACAUAAAACUCAAAGUGCGUCCAUCGACACUAUCCCACUCCAAUUAGAUACAAAUUGCAUCCCAAUUGACCUCGCGCUCUCCGUCACACAGAGACCUCAUUGCAAAACUUGAAAAAAAGAAAAAAAAGUAAAAUAAAAAAAAAAAACACCAGUACCCGCAGCAGCCAGCCAAUCAACCAACAAAACCAGGAGAGAAAUUUCCAAGGAAAAAAAGUGAAUCACAAAAACAAAAAAGAAAGAAAUAUGAAUAGAACUAUUUAAAAUAUAAUAUUUUCUUCUUUUAUUAAAUUUGUGUCUCUCUCGAUUAAAACCAAAGAUGAUGUAAACUUGUAUGUUGUAAAAAAAAAACAACAAAUAGAAAAAAAUCACAAAAAGAAGAAAAAAAAAAUAAACCAUAAAGAUUUUUCCGAGACCCGUGUGCUGCCCGCUGAAGUGCGGGGGGAAAUGAAGUGUUUGCAAUGGGGUCACAAACCUUGGAGAUACUUCGCCAAGGCGUGUGGGCCUCUCUAACCGGAGGCUGGUUCUACGAUCCGCAUCAGGAUGUCUUUUGCAAUACUGUGCAUUUGUAUUUGUGGCUGUUUUUGCUCUGCUCUCCUUUUGUAGCUUAUUUGUAUUUUCCAAAAACCCUAAUAACAUGGGGAACGUAUUGCUUAUCAACGACCCUUGUCAUCACUGCGGUGAAAAUAAUCAACAUGGCCUUGCACCGGCUGUACGACAAAGCGCAAGCUAUGUCCGAAUCCAAUUUGAAAAAUCCAUUUUUUAAAGGCUCCAAGGAUAUUGAGAGAGAGGAAGAAUGCGGAAUUGAAAUGCAAGUUUUGGGAAAUGAUCUCCCAUCGAGGACGUCAGUUGACCAAGCAAUCGCAGCCAGCGAUGAAAACAGUAUUUUAUCGAUGGAAAACAUCAAUAGUACCAUUGACUUAAAAGUUGAUGUUCAUCGAAAAAACAGUUCUGAAUCCAUUGAGAGUAUAUCAUUUUAUGCGUCCUCUAUAUUGCCAGCAACAUCAAACAGCCACAACAUAGCCACAACCUAUUACAAAGAUCCCGCAAUAUCGACAUCACAUUCGAUCACCAUUCAACCGCAUCCGUGCUCUUCACGCGGUGGUGGGGGAGCAGUUGCCAAGAGCAAAUCUGAGCUAAACACUAAAUACCUCGCAGUGUAUCCAGAGCACGACGAUCAACCGAAAGCACAAGAUUCAUGUUCCUCAUUAAGUCAUCAUCGCAACAAGAACGACGACCAGAAGUUAGCACCAGAAGACGGCUGUGGUGGUGGUGUCGCAACAGCUGGUGGAAGUAGUCGAAGAAGACGACAAAGACUCCGUUUGGAGCGACAAAACAGCUUAGAUGCUGCUGCUGAAUCUAGUAUAUUAUCCCGCAUCGAGAGAAUACCCCGCGAUUCCACUAAACCAAACAAUAAUUCCUGUAGUCAUCAUCACAAUACCACACAACUUAGCAAAUCAACGAGACUUCAAAGACAUCGCAGCUCAGAGACACACGACGAACGGCAAAAGCACAACAGCCGGCAUUUGUUCCUUCCCAUUCAUCAUGAACAACCGCAAUCAUCUUGGAUACUGGGUUCGUCGUCGGACAUGUACCUGGAGGAUAAUUGCUACACAAAAUCCGAUCUGGGCAUUGAGAAAAUUGAAGGCACCGCUAAUCGCAACAAAGUGGGAUACCUAAUGCUUCAGCAUCCGCACCAUCAUCAACCGACUCCGAUGAGAAAGGACUCGAAUAGCACAAUGUCGGCCCUACAGCUGCCGGUGUCGGCGGCAGUGUCCAUUAAUCCAAAACAAAGCAGUAUGAAAAAACGAAGACAUUCCAAUGCCACGUCCCUGUACAAGGUGUCACAACAGGCUCCAUCCACAUCGGGUGCGUCCACGGUGCGGAGGAUCAAAAGCGCCGCUCUAGAAAUUUCUUGCCCGCAUCCCUCGGUGUCGAAUUUGACACCACAUCCGAACAGUGUGGAGGCGAUAUCGGGACAACAGAUAAAAAAUCCGUUGUCAGCUUUGUUGCCUCCGCCGAGUAAGUGCCUUGUAAGGAAUCCACAUCUCAAUCUCUGUCCGAAAUUCGGAAGCUUUACCAAUUCCAAUAUGGCAAUUAUGGAACCGGUCUAUCCCAUUGUGGAACAGGCCGAUGAGAAGACCUCUUUAGACUUGGAUAGUUUAGAGAAAGUAACUGUAGAUGAGGAAGAAGGCAAUAAUCGAGAUGAUGACGAUGAAGGAGACGGAGAAGAAGAAGACGAUGACGAAGAUGGUGGGAAAGGGACUCAAGCGAAUAGAGAUGAAGAGGAGGAUGGAGCUGGAGCGAUGUCGAAUCCACCAACACAAAGGCAACGUUGUUCGACAACAGAAUCUGAAUCUGAAGUGGAACGCCCAAGGGCCCAUUCUACAGACUCUGAGACCGAUAACAAUGGCUCACGUUCACCCCUACUUACCAAAUCUAUGACCAAUAACCAGAAACAACCAAAACCUCUUGUCAGUAUUCGACAGCACAUCAUCGACAUAAACCGCCAAAAUAACGGCGAAGGCGGUGACUCUGGUUGUCCAUCCAGUGAUUGCGAGCAGGUGAGCGCCAGUUCCAAGGACAUGCUGCUCGCGAUCGAUGUAAAAAAUCCUGCUCCAAUGGAGCAAAUUCCAAUUCAGGUUGACCAAAUAGAAUCGCAAGACGACAAAGCUACGACUUCGACUUCAACGACGACAACCGGAGCGGAUAAUACAACUUCAAAGAAUCUCGGUGCUAUUCCAAAGGUCGUCAAAUACAGGGAAAUUAAUGAAACCGGCGGCGGCGAUGAUGGAACUGCCGACGGAGAGGAUGCCAACGAUCAGCAAGUGCACAAGCGAAAAACUGCCAGUCGGACGUCAUCAUCUACGUCGUCCAGGAGUUUAAGCGAAGAGAGUUUUUCCAAUGACAUUUAUAAAACCUUGUACAAAGACCACUGGGUGUUGUAUAGUGGGAACGGAGGAGGGCAGGCGGGUAACACAGCUUCCUCUGUUACUUCCCACCAUCAUCAACACCACCACCAUUACCCAUACUCAACAAACGAUUCCCAAGCGGGAAUCGGCAUUGCUGGAGGUUACGCUUUCGAUGGAGAGUACAUGUUGCCUCUUUCUGAUCGAGUGAUGUACAUGCGGGAAAAACUGCGACGAUCUUCCAAACAAAUCUCAGAUCCCGGUGGCAACUCAUCAAUUCUCGAAGAAGAAUUCCCCCCAGUUACAUUGCUUCCACCGAAUCGAACGGCGGCGGCAGCACUCUCCAUUCAGGGUCUAAUAAGUGACUUUGAAGAUUCUUCCGCUGCCGCUGUAGAUCAGAACCGUGCGAGGUGUGGCACUGCAGCAAUGCUAAAUGUAGAACCGCAUUACUGUGAUUAUUGGCGACCGGCAUGUAGUCUUGCCACUGCAGUCGCCGCUGAGAAAGCUGCUCAGCCGAAACGCUUCUACAAAUACCAACUAAACCUGCUCGGAGCUCAUCAUGAGGUUAAGAUCGAAAUGGAUCGCCUGCAACUUCUGGCUCUAUUCGAUCGCGACCUGCAUUGGUGUCAUGUACUGCUGGCGAUUGUGUUAUCAACUGGGGUAUCAUUUUUCGGUGCCAUCAUUCUGCAGCUGGAGUAUUAUCGAGACUUGUGUGCAUUUCUGUUUUGCGCCGUGAUAGCAGGCAGUCAGUAUUCUCUUAUGAAGAGUGUUCAGCCAGAUGCUGCCUCACCAAUUCACGGAUUUAACAAGACUGUCGCCUAUUCUAGAGCGAUUUAUUUUACCGUGUGUUCAGCUUUGUUGCUGCUGCUUCAUCAUACGCUUCAGUGCGAUGCGGAAACGAACACCGCUGCUCUCAUUCAUCAGAAAUUUAAAUUCUUCGGGAUUGUUUUUGUACCGGAGGUUGUGUUGGGAAUGUUGCUGGAUAUUUUAUGCAUCGUUUUGCUAAGUUUUCCAAUUAUUUUCAGUCUGGGUCUUCUCCCCCAGAUCAACACCUUCUCAAUGUAUUUUCUGGAACAAGUUGACAUGCAUAUAUUUGGUGGAAAUGCAGAUAGUAGCUUAUUGGGAGCAUUUUUAUGCGUGAUAAGAUCUAUGUUGGGUGUUAUGCUUCUCUAUGGACCAUUGUAUGCUGCAUUGGUAGAAGGAAAAGGGACUCAAUUUAUUUUGUUUUCGAUAUUUUGCGGAAUGCUCAUUCCUCUUGGUUAUCAUCUCUCUCGAUCGGCGAGUGAUUUCAGUCAUUUGUGGGCUCUCAUCAAAACCAAUAUCGCCAGUACAUACCGUGACGAUGAUGAUGAACUUAGCGGAAAUAGUAAAAUUGAAAAGCCAAGUACUGCGACGAGUGGGGAACAAAUUGAAAUGUCAUCACUCCCAAAGAAGUCGUCAUCGGAAGAACCAUGUGAAAAGAACACCACCACAAACGAUGUAGAGAGACCACCCGCCUCGUUGGAAGAAGACAAAACAUCCACGGGCACUACAACCCAACCCGAUGUCUCAACUUUGACUGGUUCCGAUUCGGAAUCUCCCGAUCCCCUGCCAAAGAAACUUCAAUAUACCGUUAAUACCCGCCUCAAGAAUGAUUUGGUUGUGACCACUCUGUUGGCGACGAUAAUGUUUGGACUACAUUGCAGUACAGUUUUCACUGUGCUUCAACCAGAUCUCAAUGUCGUUCUGUACUCGUUUGCUGGAGUGUUUGGUCUACUGCUUCACUAUGUGAUUCCACAGAUGCGCAAACACAUGCCGUGGUUGUGUUUUGCCCGUCCGAUUCUGCGCCAAAAUGAAUUCGCUCAAUUUGAGGUGUCCGAUGCUGCCAAAGUUAUGUGGUUUGAAAAACUGUAUAUAUAUCUGUGCAUGGUGGAGCGUAAUGUGCUAUUCCCAUUGAUAGCGAUAUCAGCUCUAACGGCAGAUUCAAAGGCUGUAGCAGAAAAGUUCGGAGUGGAAUGGGGGACACUGAUAAUUGCCGUAUGCUCCUUGAAAUUUGUUCGGAAUGCAUAUUCGGAUGCAACAAAUCAGUACCUGAUUAUAAUAUUCACGGUGCUUUUCUUUAAAGUUGAUUUUGUAUUUGCCAGCGAAACAUUUCUCAUUGAUUAUUUCUUUGUAUCAUUGGCCUUUCGAAAAUGCUGUGAUUUUUUGUUAAAGCUUCAAUUUAUUGUAACCUAUAUUGCCCCAUGGCAAAUAACAUGGGGUUCUGCAUUUCAUGCUUUCGCACAGCCCUUUAGUGUUCCUCAUUCGGCGAUGCUAUUCCUACAAGCCGGAAUCAGUGCUGUCCUAUCGACUCCGCUGAAUCCGUUUUUGGGAAGUGCAAUCUUUCUUACCUCUUACGUGCGGCCAAUCAAGUUCUGGGAACGUGACUAUAACACUCGCCGCAUAGACCAUUCAAAUACUCGACUAAGUUCACAACUGGAACGUGAUCUCGGAGCUGAUGACAACAAUCUGAAUAGCAUAUUUUAUGAACAUUUAACAAGGUCCCUCCAACACUCACUAUGUGGGGAUUUGUUGAUGGGAAGAUGGGGUAAUGUUAACCAAGGAGAUUGUUUUGUUCUAGCUUCAGAUUAUCUAAAUUGCUUGGUUCACAUUAUCGAACUGGGCAACGGACUGUGCACUUUUCAAAUGCGAGGCCUGGAGUUUCGAGGCACUUAUUGCCAACAGCGAGAAGUUGAAGCCAUCACCGAGGGUGUUGAAGACAACGAUGGUUGUUGCUGCUGCGAUCCUGGCCAUUUGCCCCGAAUGCUGAGUGCAAAUGCAAUGUUCUCUACACGAUGGUUAGCAUGGCAGGUGGUGGCAGCUCAAUACGUCCUCGAAGGCUAUUCAAUUUCGGACAACUUGGCAAGUGCUACUCUUCAGGUUUUCGAAUACCGAAAAGUUCUCAUAACAUACUACAUAAAGAGCAUUAUUUACUACGUAGUUAAGAAUCCAAAGGUUGAGCGAUGGCUUUCAGCAACAGGACCCAUCCAAGACUCUCUCGCCGACACCCUUAACCGACAGUUUGUUGAUUUGGAUCCAAUUUUCAACUACAACUUGGACGAAGAUUUUGAUCUUCGAGCGUUGGGAAUAACCCGAUCAAGUUUUUGCUCUGUGUAUCUCAGUUGGAUUCAAUUUUGUUGCGACAAAAAGAGAGACUUGAUUGUACAACCGAAAGAACAACCCACACCAUCAGUAAACAAAGAAACCAUCCAACCAGAGCCAAAACUCCGUAGAGCCAUCCCUACUGAUCAUUUAAAAUCACUGCCAAAUAGAUCUCCUACGAUAGCAAGAGACUCUUCGAUUGUGUCCCUGUGUCUUGCAUUAGGACUACUCGCACGGCGUUCGCUAGCAACAGCCAGUCAUAGCUCCCUAACCGGAGUUGAGUUCUUCUUACAUGGCCUGCAUGCACUCUUCAAAGGCGACUUUCGAAUAACAUCGCCACGCGAUGAAUGGGUCUUUGCGGACAUGGACCUCCUACAUGCUGUUGUAGCUCCAGCUGUGAAAAUGGCACUCAAAUUGCAGCAGGAUCACAUUUCUAAUCCCGAUGAAUAUCUGGAUCCUGCUGCUUUACAUGAGGCGAUCACAUCGUAUUCGAAAGAUUUGGUAAUAUCCCAUGAAGCCGAUCCGGUUUGGCGCAGUGCAGUGCUGAGAGGAGCUCCAAAUCUUCUCGCUCUGCGACAUGUGAUGGAAGACGGCUCCGAUGAGUAUCGAAUCAUUCGGCUAACGAAGCGAUUUCUUAGUUUUCGCGUGAUCAAACUCAAUAGAGAGUGCGUUCGUGGCCUAUGGGCCGGCCAACAGCAGGAGUUGAUCUAUUUGCGGAAUCGCAAUCCUGAACGUGGAAGCAUACAAAAUGCUAAACAGGCUUUGCGGAAUAUCAUUAACUCGUCUUGUGAUCAGCCAAUUGGCUACCCAAUAUACGUGUCCCCUUUGACUACGUCAUAUGCGGAUACCAACGAUCAGCUGAGUAGUGUCAUUGGUGGACCAAUUACACUGGAAUCAAUCAAAACAAAUGCAAUCGCUUGGUGGCAUCGUGUGCGCGAAAGAUGUCGCGAAGGUUGCAGCAGUGGCAGUGCUACUGUAGAAUCAACAGGUGACACCAUUCCAGAUAUUCCUUCGGUAUACUUCUCGCCAGCGACUGCCAAUAAUCCCAGUAGCAUAACGUACGGUAGUCAGAGUUUAGCUGCUCCAGCAACAAGAAGUGGUUUGGUGGGGAUGCACAAGCCAACGAGUUCAACUCUUUUAGCUGGGUUGCUUAAUCGCGAGCGAGAGAGUCAAGAAAAUGGACCCAUAAUUCGAGAGCCUCGAGUACGUAAAGGUCCUCCAUAUAUACCACGAGGAGAUCGUGAAAGAAGAGCCACCCUACCUAUAACUAGUGGAAUAAGUACAAAUGGUGCUGACUCAUCCAGAGAGCUUAACGAAUCAAUGGGUGGUAGUAGUACUACUUCCGAAUUACGUCGCACAGAUUUCUCAGAGAGCAGUCAAUAUACAAAGAUGUCAACUUCAUCGGGUAAUCUUGGCAUAGGAAAUAUCAUAACCACACCCGGAGACUAUCCGAGAAAAUCAAAAGGUCCAAUUAACUUAACCCGUACUGAGAUUAAGUCAGAAGAUAGUAUUUGCUCGCCCAUAGAGCUGAAUAAAAAAGUCAUUAUAGUUGAUGGUAUGGAGAUCUAUGACUGCCUUGAUAUGGGUCGACGCAUUGACGUAGUUUGGCCAAAUGAAAAAAUGCGUGCAAAUGGAGGUCGACUCUCUUGGAACGACUGGUCGCCACAAGAAGGAAUGGUUGGAUAUGUUGUGCACUAUUGGUCGCCAAAUCAUGCCGAUCAACGAUUUCGAUCACAUGUCAAUCGAACGUUAUAUCUGAUUGAAAUCGGCGAACAUUAUGUGCCGGUUGGUGAACGUGGUAUUAAAGAAUAUAAUCAAAUAGUUGACAAUAGAGAAAGUCUUAGCCGCUCAUCUACAAUAACAAAUGCCAUCGAAUUAGGAUCGCCCGCCGAAGAAAUUGGCACAAUGACAACAUACAAUAGUGCCGAAGCAAUAGUAGCAACCAUCGACCAGGAAACCACCAUGAGCGAAUCAAUGACUGAAUUAACAACGAGCGAAGUAUGACAAGUACCUAUUUACACUUUUCCUCCGUCGUCGCAGUUUCCCUCAGUAUAUCCAGGCCGAUUAAGUUUUCCUUAUCGCUGGUGGCAUUUUUAACUUUAAGAGCAUUUCUCUCUCUCGUCUCUUUCUCUUUUUCAUCGUAGAUUCUUUUCUCUCUCUUCCUGUACAUAUUAAAUGCAAAGCAAACAAAAUUGUAAAAAAAAAAAACAAAACAAAUUAUUACCCAUACAUAAAAUAUAUAUAUUUACAAGUACUCAAUAAAUAUUAUAGUUUUGUAGAAGGAAUAAUAACAAAAAAUAGUUAAUAAAACAAAAAACAAAAAAAAAAAAAACACAACUAAGCAAAUAUCAAUUGAUUAUUAUGGUUAAAUAAAAUAUAUAAAUAUAUAUUAUGGAUAAGCUCUCAUGUUGCCUUAAACGAUUAGACUGAUUUUCUAUUUUUUAACGGAUUCAUUGUCAUUUUAGAAAAACAAAAAAAUAAACAAAAAAAAAAAACAUUAAAGCAAAACAAACAAACAAAAAAGUGUAGCCUAGACAAAUAAAAAAAUAAAUAAAUAGAGGUUGCAGAUAGAUAGAAGGACGCAUGACCAUUCUUCUCUUCUUCUUCUACUUC